AUGUCAGACUCAGCAGCAGCAACAGCUGCUGCUGCUGCAGCACCAGCUGCAGCAGCAACAACACCUUCCUCUUCAGGGGCCCCCACGGGGGCCCCUGAAGGUAUGGGCACUGUAGAUCUUCUUAAUACAUCUCAGCGUUUGUAUAGCAGCAGCAGCGGCUGCAGUGCUACUGGUGCAGCAGGAGCAGCAGGAGCAGCAGGAGCAGGAGCAGGAGCAGCAGCAGCAGGAGGUGUUUCUUCUGGUUCAGGUAGCCCUCCCCCCCCAAGCAGCAGCAGCAGCAGCAGCAGCAGCAGCAGCAGCAGCAGCUUUCAUAUGAGUAGUUUGGACAGACAAAUAGAGCAGCUGAGGAGGUGCGAGUGUAUAACAGAAAAAGAAGUAAAAGCGCUGUGCGCAAAAGCAAAAGAAAUACUAAUUGAAGAGAGCAAUGUAGAGAGAGUUGAUGUACCUGUUACAUUCUACGACUUGUUAGAACUGUUUCGCGUCGGCAGCUUCUUGCCGGAGACAAAUUAUUUAUUCUUAGGGGACUUUGUAGACAGAGGAUACUUCUCUGUAGAGACAUUUUUGCUGCUGCUGGCUUUAAAAGUCCGAUAUCCUGAUCGCAUUACUCUUAUUAGAGGCAAUCAUGAGAGCAGACAAAUUACUCAAUUCUACGACUUGUUAGAACUGUUUCGCGUCGGCAGCUUCUUGCCGGAGACAAAUUAUUUAUUCUUAGGGGACUUUGUAGACAGAGGAUACUUCUCUGUAGAGACAUUUUUGCUGCUGCUGGCUUUAAAAGUCCGAUAUCCUGAUCGCAUUACUCUUAUUAGAGGCAAUCAUGAGAGCAGACAAAUUACUCAAGUGUACGGUUUUUAUGACGAGUGUUUGAGGAAGUACGGGAGCAGCAGCGUGUGGCGGUACUGCACAGAAGUGUUUGAUUAUUUAGCGUUAGCAGCAAUUAUCGACGACCAGCUCUUUGCUCUUCACGGAGGGCUGUCUCCUGCUAUCUCGAGUAUUGAUGAAAUCCGCUCUAUCGAUAGAAAACAGGAAGUCCCUCAUGAAGGCCCCAUGUGCGACCUCCUCUGGAAGAUGAAGGGGUGGGGAUACAGCCCACGCGGUGCCGGUUAUCUCUUUGGUUCGGACAUAGUUAAGACAUUCUGUCAUACAAACAACGUGGAGAUUAUCGCCAGGGCCCAUCAACUUGUGAUGGACGGGUACAAGUGGUGGUUUGAUAAGAGACUCGUCACUGAGCGACGCGGCAUCCCCUCAAAGAAGCCGCCCCCAGAUUAUUUCUUGUGA